GCCAUGAGCGCUGCUGGGCGUAGAGUUAAGCUCGAUCUAUUCGUGGAACCAUCUGGAGAUUUGGGUGACUCCACUGUCCAGGAAGGAGUUGGACGGGACGGUGACUCCAGAACUCGGACCGAGUUACCCAGUUCACCACAUUCUUCAGGUGGGUUCCAUCAGUUUUCUUCAAAGGACUGCUCUUUGUAGAGAAGACAUGAUGUGACCGCAUAAUAUUGGUGGAAAUUAUUCGGUUUUUUUGUACAAGACAUGUGUUUUCUAUCCCCCGAAAAUAGUUUUCCGACUAUAGGAAGGCUGUGGUAUUGGGAACUGUCAAAAGGUUAUCCCCGACUACAUCUGCCUCCUGCCACAGUGCAUUAUCUUGUAAACUUUUCAUCUGUCUUGCCCUUUCUGCGGCGCCAUCAAAGGAUGUUUGGAGAUCCACAAGGAAAUUUUGCCCAAUUGGGCAACAGCCACAAAAUCCUCUUGUUCUGCUUGAGCAAUACAGUGAUGAAGAUUCAGAAGAUGAUUCAUCUAAACAGCUGAAUCAAGCUGUUUCCCAGGGAUCUUCAGUGUGUGCUGACAAAGAGGCUAUUGUUUAUGCUUGCGAAGAAACUCGGCAUAUUGAAAAUAAUGGCGGGAAAGAGCAUAAUCAAACAAUGGAGCAACUCCUGAUAAAGGAUGGUUCUUCUCAGGAACCUUCUACAAAACAUGAGGAAGCAAAUGUCUCAGGAGUUAAUUCUCAUGAUUUACAUCAGAAACAAACAAAUAUUAGAACAGAAGAAACUACAUAUGAUGCUACUGCUCCUGAUGACAACCUUAUUGGGGAUGUGAAUUCUGGUUGGAAGAUGGUUUUGCACGAAGAAAGUAACCAAUACUAUUAUUGGAAUACUGUGACGGGUGAAACUUCAUGGGAAGUACCGGGUGUAUUUGCACAGGAAACCGUUUCAUCUAUAGAGAGAGGCAAUGGUGAUGUUAAAGAAAAAGUGGAUGCUUCUGUGGAGCUGGAUAAAUCAAAUACGCCUUUGGUUAUGGGUGAAGAUUAUAUCUCUAGAAAAGAUAGUUUUGAAUCAAAUUUCCACUGCCAAAACUCUGAAGGUGUUGUACAAGACACCAAAAUGGAUGAUUCUCAUGAAGGGUUUAAAGGUGACACUAUAAAUGGUGAUGAAUGCAAAAAAGAAGCAAACAAGAGUGAUGACAGUUCUCUACUCGGUGGAUGUUCUGUAGAAAUUAGAACUGGUAUUGAACUUCCUUCUCAUCUGAUAAAGCUGUGUGAAGGCCUGUUAGAGAGAUUGAACUCUAUGAAAUGCUUUAACUGUCAUGCGGAAGAUAAAGAUUUUAAAUUGAAAUGCAUGCUGGAAAUUGAGAUCAGGCUUGCUGACAUUAAGGCUUUAGCAGCUCAUGGAUCAUCUCUACUUCCAUUCUGGCUACACUCAGAGGAUCAGCUAAAACGACUUGAGGCUUUAGUAGAAGAUGCAAUGAAUCAUCCUUCUAGAUCCCCUAGUGGACUAGAGGCUGAAGUUGAUUCAAGUGGAAAAAAGGAACUUGCUGGUCUGGAACACCAGGCUGUACCCAUUGCUAGGUCAUCAAAUUUUGAGGCUCAUGGUGUUGCUCCCACUUCCACAGAACAUUUGACCUCCAUGUGCUACACCAGCUCCUAUCCUGUUGAUGAUGUGGGCCGAAAAAGUGAAAUGAUUGUCACUCUUACGGAAAGUGUAUUACCUCCUGGAACCGUACAUUCUGAUGAAGAUGAAGACAUGGAUGUGGACAUGGAAGUUGAGGAUACAUCUACAGUCAAGCCCCCUCAUGCCAACGCAACAGGUGCUUAUCAUCAUGUAUCACCCGAACUAUCAAGCCUGCAAACUAACCAGGCAUUGCAGGAAUCAUCAGUUGCAGUGAAUGGCCCUCCUACUGAAGAAUGGAUUCCUCCACCACCACCUGACAGUGAACCAUUUCCUCCUCCACCUCCAGAUGAUGAACCAUUUCCUCCUCCACCUCCUGAUGAACCUCCAGAAACUUCGUUUCCUCCACCUGCCCAUCUGGGGUCAGUACAACCUUUUUCUUAUCCUGAGCAGUAUGCUUCGUCAUACCCUGGUGCUGGCAUUGAAUAUUAUGGACAAACAAACCUUGAAGUUUCUACCGGUACUCUUUAUACACAUCCUGAUGGAGGGGUACAAUUACCCAUACCCCAGUUACCUCAUUAUUAUGAAGCAGUCCCGAGUAUAUAUGGUGUUACACCCUUGGGAGUCACUGCCAUUGAUUCCACAGCUUAUUAUGCCCCUCAGAAUGCUUCCUUAAGUCAUGUUCCAUUGAUUACUGGUGCUUCUGAGGCUUCAAUUGCUCAUAGUGAACCUGCUCCUGAAAAUCUUGACUCUGCAAAACAAGGCAAUUUGGAUUCCCUACUUACGCAUAGUUCUAUUGUUGGUGAGUCUGGCAAUGGCACUGGAAAGUCUACUGUGGAGGGUUCAGAAGCUCAGCCUGCAGUUGGAGCUCCUUCGACUUCAAUGGCAAAUGGUGUUUCUGUAACAUCCACAUCUGAGACCAUUUCAUCUGCUUCUGCUGCUGCAGCUGCGGCUGCAGCUGCAGCUUCUAAGCCUCAAUCUAAGGUUACACGUAACAAGAAAAGAAAUGUUGCAACGGUAUCCUCGUUGAGAUCUAACAAGAAAGUCUCCAAGCUGGUGGACAAGUGGAAAGCUGCAAAGGAGGAGUUGCAAGAAGAGGAAGAAGAACCUGAAAAUGCUUAUGAAAUGCUGGAGAGAAAGAGGCAAAGGGAAAUAGAGGAAUGGCGAGCACAACAAAUUGCAAGCGGUGAGGCCAAAGACAAUGCUAAUUUUCAGCCGCUUGGUGGUGAUUGGCGUGAGCGGGUGAAGCGCAGGAGAGCCGAAAGGAUGAAAGAAAAGAAACAAAGCCCAUCAAAUAUUGCCUCCUCACCAGACAUAAACCAACAACAGGUUGAUCUAGUGGAAAUGUCAAAAGGCCUCCCUUCUGGAUGGCAGGUUUACUGGGAUGAUUCAUCGAAACAAGUCUACUAUGGCAAUGUUUUGACAUCAGAGACAACCUGGACUAGGCCUGCUGACUGAUUAGUUGUUUUAAUGUAAUUUUGUCUCCAUUUUUUCUUUUUAUUUGGUGGGCUAGACUUAGAAUUCUUUGGUGGGGUAUGGCUUUUUUCAUUGCAGAAAUUUGUCACGAGUUUGUGAUAUCAUCCUGUGUCUUAAAGGGGUUGAUUCUUGAAAUACACCCUUUAUAUAGUAAAAUCCUGACAUUUAUAUAUA